AUGAGCAUGAAGGAUGAUUUAACUAAGGAAGAAAUUCCUGAAAACGAUGCAAACUACGAAAAAGUUGUAGAAGAAGUUUUUGAUGAAAAGUAUGGAAGAAAGAAGUUUAUAGUAAAAAAAGUUUUAAAGCAAAAAUAGAAAGAUGAGGAUAUAGAUGGAACCAAUACUAUUUAGUAGACCAUAUAUUUUUAAAGAAGAACAGAAGACUUAGGCUUAGAUAAAAAGAUUGGUGAAAGAAUUAAUGUUCUUAAAGAAUCUCAUAAAUCAGAGCAUGGUGGUUUUUAUUGCUAACUUUGUGAUACACAUGUUUGGGAUAGUAAUGCAUGGCUAGACCAUGUUAACGGUAAAAAGCACAAUCGUUUAUUAGGUAUGAAUAAUAAAGUAGAAAAAGUUGGUCUAGAUCAAAUUAAAGCAAAACUAGAAAGCUUAAAAAAAGAUAAAUAAUAAAAAGUUAAAGACUAUGAGCAAUUGAUUUAUGAAAUGGAUAAUGAAUAGCAAGACAAAAAAAUAAAAUUUUAAAAUGAUAGAAAAAAGUUAAAAACAGAGGAAUAAUCAGCAUAUAAUCCUUCUGAUUCAUAAAAUAAGCAUGAAUAAAAGUCUAAAUCUGAAGAACUAUAAAAAUAAGAGUUUACAGAAGAUUCCAAUAAAAAAGAAGGUGAUGAUAAAGAAUAAAAUAAAGAGCAAAAAAAAGGAGAUGAAGAUAGCAAUUAAAAUGAAGAAGAGGAAGAGGAGGAAGAAGAAGAUCCUAAUGCUGCUAUGAUGGCUAUGAUGGGUUUGCCUACUUCUUUCAAUACAAAAGCUAAAAACUGA